GCGCCGCUGGUGCAACUGACCAAUGAUGUUAGGUACUACAUGUAAACCACCGACCAUUGGCUGACGCUCCUUUUGUCAGGCAAAUAUAUAAUGCACACUGUGGAACUUGGAACUGUCACUGUAGUCGUGUGUGAUAUGUAGCGAUCACUUCUACUUACAUCACACACCUUCGAAGACGGCCUGACGCACAAGACGCCCGACAUCGCGUCAGCCUAUUCCGCUCACGUGUCACACGUUAAAUUGCGGUGCCCAUCCUACAUGCAGUGUUGCUCGCCCUAUCCGUAAAACGCUAUGAAAAUCUGGACGUCAGAGCAUACCUUCGAUCAUCCUUGGGAGACGGUAGCGCAGGCUGCAUGGAGAAAGUAUCCGAAUCCUAUGGUGCCUUCGGUUAUUGGAGCGGACGUCAUCGACAGAGAAGUAGUCAACGGUGUUCUCCACACUCACAGACUCGUCGUUUCUACCCAAUGGGGCUUUCCUAAAUGGACGCAAGCGUUAAUCGGCUACGCGAACUUGUGUUACGCCAGCGAGCGCAGCGAGGUCGAUCCUGUGAAUAGACAAAUGAUCCUCAGGACGCAUAAUUUAACCUUCGGUAACUAUAUCGCUGUAGACGAAGCUGUCAGAUAUACGCCCCAUCCAGAUGAUCCCACCAAGACAUUACUCACGCAGGAAGCGGUGGUCACUGUACGGGGAGUACCACUGACCAACUAUAUGGAGGACCUCUUAGCUUCAAAAAUCUCCUUCAAUGCGUGCAAAGGCCGACAAGGGUUGCAAUGGGUGAUCAACAAGCUCGAAUCCGAGAUGAAGGAGUUUGCCUGAAAGGCCCGGCCGCCGUCGCGAAACUUCUAAACUGCCGCUAUCAGCACAACACGAGCGCCGGCGUCGAUAGGGAGCGGCAACUUCUAGAUCGAACGAUUACGCGGAUCAGAAGAACAUUAACGUCCCGGGCUUCGUCAGAAACGAGCAGAUGAUUCGCCGCGGGCCAUGUAGAUCGCCUAAUUGAAUUUUGCGAAACUUGUUACUAACCGGUUUGCAGGAACGAAAACGUUCCCUUUGAAGGGCGAUUGCCUCCGCAACCGUACACUUGGGUCCAGACCUGCAAGGAUCUGUCGAACGGACGGGCGAGACUGAUAUAGAAAUAUGAAAAUAUGUAGGUUUAAUUUAAAACGAAGAAGUACAACGGUUGACACAGCGAUUGGAUGGCAAUAAUUCCUAAUGCUUCAACCCGUACUCACAUAUGUUUGUCGACACAGUGCCGACUCGCGAUGUGAGUAUGUAUCAUGAACUUCACUUAGCCAAUUUAAAUACGUGGGCUUUCACCACAGUUUAGAGAAUUAAAAAAAAUACAUAUGUUCUGUCGAACGGAUGUCAAUAUUACAUGCAAUUUAUAUUUAACUUAUUCGUAAAAAAAAAUCUUUUAAUUUUUUUUAGUAUUAGACAUAAUUUCUUUAAAAUAUCCACAAAUUGUUUUUCGUUUACUCCAUUCCCACACUCUCCACCUUCUACUAUUUAUUUAUUAUAUGCCUUUAUAUUUAUUAUCGCAAAUUAUUUUUGCUCGGUGGUGUAAGUUGCACGUCCUACAAAACCUACUACAAGCUCAACACACGGAACGGUCCCAUUGACUGGCCGAAGACGAACAAUGUAGACACAGACCUCCGCGAAACUAUGUUUCUCCGGAACUAUGUUUGCCGGACUCUCAUUCCUUCUCAGCGAGAAGCCAAAGCUCUUUGAUCGCGGCGAGGAGGCAACUUACAUCGCGUUCCGAAAUCACUGCGCGAUCCCUUUGACGCGUAUCCGCAUCCGAGAAUUGUACCGUUGUCGCGACUAAUUAAUUUCGUGGUGUUUCCCCUUUGUCGACGCUUUGUCAACGUAUCGAAAAUUUACAAGCUAUGCCGAUUUUUCUCAUGUAAACUUUCACGAUCUUUUUUCGUGUCUUUUUUCGUGUUUUCCGGAUGUUUUCGGUCGAUGUGAUCCGUCGAUCUAAAUUCACCGAUUGUUUUUAAAUUCCAAUCGAGACAUGAAAGUGCUUCUUUUAUGGCUUUUGUUGGCCAUAAAAGAAACACUGAACGAAAGUGGUAUUUUUUGUAUCAAAAAGUCGAGCGAAAAGGCAGGAAAAGGGGAUGAAUUCACGUAUGGACCACGGCCUUUACACGGGCGGGCCGGGAUGCUUUAAUUUAGGGAAGUCGACAUGCACGUCGAGCGCGCGGACGUUGAUUUACCCACGAGUUCAGCGGUUCGAUAGGAAAACCGAGCAGACAUCAAGCAGCGGUGCGUGGGACGCGUACAAAGGAUACUAGCUCACCGCUUUGUGAUCGGAAGCUGUCAAUAUUUGUCUGCGUCGGGUAACAGAGAGACCAGCAAUGAACCGUAACGUCAUCAAUUAUCUCUUACAUACCACCACCAAACGAGUCGCGCGUCAAAUUUGUCCGUCCUACUUUAGCCUCCUCGCCUCUGAUCGUGUUCACUCGCGGCCCUGGUAGCUCGAUCGGUCGAAGGAUGAAAAUCGUCCUUCGCGCGACAGCCGAAAGCAAUAAUGACUCGGUCGAAACUUCAAUUCGCUCGGUCAGAGAUUGUCGGGAAUGUCGAGUCCGAUCCUCCAAUGGCGAAUCGAUUUCUCGCGCGUAUAUUGUGUGCUACACACGUGGAAGUACUCUACGGCUCGGCGCAAGUGCCCUCGAAAGGUAGUUAGGACGGGCGAACGCCCGGAGUAGAGAGAGAGUGACAUUGAGAUAUUUUGCGGAUAGUAUAAUUGCGAGCAUUGGAUCACCUUGACCGACGUGUCAAGGUCCUCCACGUGGUGCUGUGGAAAAGGUAUUAAAUCAGGGGUUCGUCCAAUGGCGGUCCUAUCUAAAUAUUUUAGCUUCUCUGUAGCUUCAGAUUGCAUUGUGAUUUCGACUGCUUGUCUGAUAUUAUUAACGGCAAAUUUCCACAAAUUAAGACGAAAUAAGAUCGAGAAGAAAAUGCAUUCUCUCCGUUUCAUAUGUUUUACAAAUUUGAUUCGAAUUUUCUACCUCAUCGGCGAUUCUGGGUGGGACGGUGACACCGAACGUGCGCAACCUGGUUACAUACGCGUAUUACAUAUUUACCUCGGUAUCGCGGAUAAAGCCCGCACGUCUCGCCUUAUCCAUAUUUAGAUUACAAUGCUUUACAUUAGAGACGAUACGGGCGAAGUGGCAAUACUCGGUAGGGGCAGAAGUCGCUUCCGUGCGCGGUUUUCGGAAAAUCGGAAAGCGUCUCGGAUGCUUGCCUCGGAUUCUCGUGACUCCGCAAUGAGACUGCAACGGCGCGUAGAGCAUCUCGGGCGGUCCCGAGUGCCGUCGCUCUCGUUCCUUCGACCUUCGGGCGUAUGUAUUCGAGCUCGUAAAAAGGAUUCGCCUUUCAGUCGAAUCCCAUCCCCGUCCCCUUCGAUUCCGUCGCUCCCGGGAGAGGAUGAGAUUCGAAGAAUCGUCGAACGGUCUCAUGGUUUACACAUCGUGACGGUGCGCUCUCGUCAAAACCCGUAAAAGCUCUCGGGGACGAUCGACUCUCUGAGAGCUAGCGAGCGGUCAAGGAGAUACUCCUCACCGUUACCGAUUCACGACCUCGUGAAAAGCUAUCCGCCGCAGUCUCAGCGCUCGUCUUAUUUUCCUCGCUUUGCUCCGCCGCGCCGCGCACUUCGGCACCGAUGGCCGCAAAAGCGCGGCGUCGAUUUUGUUCCAAAUAAUAAAUUCGAUCGGCCCGCGAGAGUCCAUACACCAUCGACCCGGGGCGGUCAAGUACGCUCUGAAAAGUUCUAACGACUGGCUUUUUUUAUUUCCAUCUGAUGUUUUUAAGAGUUCCGAAGACUUCACUUCCGUGUGCCUCGACCGUUUCCGUUUGUAGAAUUAGGGUCGAUAGAGGGAAAAAGUUUAUCCCCCCCCGUGUAGCCAAUAACAUGCGUUUUGAUAUUUAAUUCGAAAAGUUCCUUUUAGCGGAGAGAUUGCAUUUUACUAGUGGAAAAUCUUGGAAAUAUGUCAAAAUGCAUUUGUUAUCAAAAUCUCGGUUUUUUUAAACAUGCAAUCGUCAUAUUUUUGGGACAACUUGAAAAAGGUUAUAAUUUUGACGUAGAAAAUUUUCCUCUUUUUACGGAUUAUAUCUUCCCGCAAUGCCUGUCAAGCUCUUGUUUUACUUGCAUCAGUAGAUAAAGAGAAUUGGCCGCAAACCGGCAGCCGAUGUUCACAAACUCAGUGUAUUUCUAAACCAACUUCGUCAAUACAUCCCGUUUUAUCCUUUCUGAGAAAGAACUUUUAAUGAGUUCGCGUACACUGUUUAAAGAUUUAAAGUUUUGCGAGCUUCAAAGAGAUCGUGCCAUGCUUCUCUAAAGUAUUACAGGCAAGGCGGAACAUUAUUAUGACGUACAGAACGUCUGCGAUAUUACAUCGUAAAAAUUGCCUCUGUAUAUUAGUUCCUCGCUGCCUGUUUCCUAUCAAAAACUCAAAGAGAAAUGCAUACUGCGAACGGGAGAAAAGAAAAGGAAGCCCCUUGGAAUAUCUAACAAGAUUAUACACGAAUCUUUUUAAUAUCAAGAAAUAAUUUCAGUUAGACUUCAUUCCGACAUUUAUGCCUUUGCAGUAAAAGCUUAAGCCUGCCACAAGGUUUAAAAAAAAAAAAAACGUACG